AUGGCGAUGGUCACAGGUCUUAUCCCCAUCCUGCGCACCGCCCUAGAGGCCACCACUGACUAUAAUGGUCGGACAAUGUGGUUCGGAUUUGCUGUGGUUCGACUAAUUGCUCUCUAUGUUUCCGAAAUCCCUUGGGGCAAACUGGAUCAAGACUUUGAUUGUGGUGGCAUAAAUAUGACCGAGUUUUGCCGGAAGUCUUGUUUUAGCAGACAUUUUAACGUGGCGGUCGUGUCUCUGUGGAACUCCUGCUAUGUCUUUUUUAUAGCAUCUCUGCUCAUCAUGGAGCUUUUCACAUCUCAGCUCCGUCACAACCUCACCAAGGCGGCGCUGAAGGACAAACUGUCUCAUGGAGAAUCCGCGCUGACCGGCACUUGGUCUACACAGUUGGCCCAAAAAGAUGUAGUUUUGGAUUUCCACCACCAAAAAAAAUUACUUGUCCUCUAUCUUGGCUGUGUUCUCAUGAGACUGGUCGGGGAGUUAGCAUUUCUUUAUAUUCUCUUGUGCUGGCAUUUGCCACUUGUGUCUGAGGGCUCGAUAUCCUGUUCGACGGAACUGUGCCCUGGGCCAUUCACCUGCCUGGUGAGAUUUCCUGCAGAAAAGAGAAUGUCUCUUUAUCUUCUGGGGUCUCUUUCUACUGCCUUGGCUUUGGUUUGUUUAGUGUUUGGACUUUAUAGUGGAUGCCACUACCUAAUUCUACACCAACGUCAAAAUGAGAACUCCGUUUAGAACUGAAUAACUCUAAACUCCAUGCAAAGUGAUCCCACCAGAUACCUCAACCCUCUGAGAUCCUACAAGGACAAUAAUACUCUAAUUCUGUGAUUGUAGAACACGUUUAGAUUAGUAGAUUAAUGCAAACUAAAAGUGGCAGAUUUAUAUCGGAUAUCUCGGUGUCUUAGACAGUACCCCUAAAACUCUACCGCUAUGUAAUGCUAUUGCAGUAACAAUAAGAUCUCAAGACAUUAUAAGACAGCUGACGGUAAGCAAUCCAGUUCAGGAAAGCACAUUUAUUGUUUAAAGAAACACUAAAGUCACCCAGCGCACUUUAUCUCAAUGACGUACCGGUAGUUUUAACCCUGCAACGUAAAACAUUGGAGAACCUGCUGUGUUUGAAUUGCUGAGUUAAAUACACCUCUACGGGCUGUCUU